AUGAUGGUCGUCGAUGAUCUAACCGAUGAGUUGGUGCUGUCUUUUAUUCAGGAUUCAAAACAUUUUCGAGAGUUAGAAAAAGACAAGAAAGUUUCGAAGGUACGAAUAAGUUUAUUAUGGGCAGGUUUAAGGCAAAGGCGAUAUCCCAGGGGAUGGUGAAGCAUUGCUUUGUGGCGGUCUUGGGUAUGCCAAGGCUCAUCGUCAGCCUGGCCUUCUCUCUUCUUUUGUGAGACAUUUUCUGGGUAUCCACCGACAAACAAAGGGCCAGUCGAGCUGUUACUGAUCCGAAAUCUUAUGACCCAAAUUGUCGAAAUAUGUCUUUUUUCCGCUUUUCCAAAAAUUUUUCUUCCCUUAAUCCAUAAUUCAAUCUGUCCAUGGUUCCAACUUAUUCCACGUUUCCAGAUCACAACCACUGUUCUAUCCGAAGAAGGCUACCUCUCAGUCGUCUAUAAUGCCGUCAUUACCUUCUCUGACGAGACUCAAUUCUCUUUUAUCAUCAAACGCAUCUCCGUCGCCCGAUAUCUCAAAUCCUUUUCUCUGGCUGAAGAGAAAUCAAAUUUGGAGUUACUGGCCAAUUAUCACAAUCGAGAAUGCCAAGUCUACGAGUUGCUGAGUAAAACAAGCACUGUUGCUCCGCGGCUCUACGCGGCAAAGCCCGCGAUUGAUGUCAGCAAAGAUCCAGGCUAUAUUCUGAUGGAAAGUUUCGUCGGCAGAGCAUCAGUUUUGGGGGUGUUUACAGCGACUACAGAUCAACACUGUCUCAACGUUGCUCGACAAUUGGGGAAACUAAGAGCCGAAGUGGCUGCAGUUCCAUUUGAAGAAUACAGUGACUGGAAUGAUCCGUUCCGAAUAGACGCGGAUAUGGUUCAAUCCCUGUUGGACCAGCAUUUACAAAGUUUGUUGGACUAUGACAACGGUGGGUGACUAUCAAAGUCUAAAUUUAUCCCUUAUCAAAACAAAUGAAAAACUCCGAAUGCGACACUAUGCUUUUAUAUAAACUUCUUCAGAGCUAUUUGCCCCUUUGGUUGAGAAGUUGAAGCCCUACGCUAACAGAAACUCUUAUAACUACUUAUUAAAGACUCGCGCAGUGGAACUAGGUAAGUUGAUGAACAUUUCGACAAACAUGUUGCAGGUGUUGCAUCAUUAACCCAUGCUGAUCUCCAUGGGAGCAACAUGAUUGCGAAACUUCAACCAGAUGGCACUCCGUCCAAUGAAAUUGUCGCUUUCAUCGACUGGCAGACCAGUUUCUGCGGCAACUCUUUAUUUGAUUUGGCUCGUUUCCUCUCCUUCUCUGAUGCCGACACAAGGCGAAGGGUUGAGCAGGAUGCGUUGGAUGAGUAUUACAAUACUUACCUGGAAUUUACAAAAAAACCAAACCCCAAGUUCACUCGUGAAGUUUGCCAAGAACUGUACGAUCUUGGCCUGUUAAUGGAGGCUUUAGAAUGGCAGAAUUUGUUCGGAAUAGUUUUCCAGAACUUUACUUGCAAUAAUGAGAAAGAAAAGGAGGCAUUCAAGGCCAGGAUGGCAGUGAAAGCGAGGUUUACAAUGGAAGAUGGCAUCCAAGCGAUCGAAAAGUACAACCUGAAGGACAGGCUGGCAAAUCUUCAAAAUGGAUACCAAUAG